AUGUUAUUUGUAUUCUUUGCUCUCACUGCAAUAGUUGCAGAAUCAAAAGAUCAAAUCAGCAAAAAAAUUGAAGAAAUUAUUAAUUUGGAAGAUAACAUCGUGUACAAUGUUAAGACAGAUGGAAGAGGCGGUAUUGAAAUAAAAGAAAAAGGACCAGAUGAUAGCAAUUGGACAACUUCCAAAAAGUUCGAUGUACAUGAAAAUGCCGGCGAAUUAUUAGAUCAUGGAGCAAAAAUUGUAAAAACAGAUGAUAACAACUAUAUUCUAGCAUAUGCACCUAGGCCUGAAGAAUUCAAUUACAAACCAGAACAGCUUUCUUACAAGGAAAAUGAAUAUAAAAAAUUAGCAAAAGACCCGAGUACUGAAGAAGCGCUUUAUAAAAACGAACCGAAGUUUGUUGAAGGAGUACAAACGAGUAAAGGAUCCUCGUUCUUUGAUUACAAACCGACCGCAGAACAAAAAAAAGCAGCGAGUAAACCGCCCGACAAAAAGAAAAAGAAGAAAGACGGUAAGAAGAAAAAGGCAGCGGCUAGUGAUAAUGAAUCAGAAUCUUCUGAGAUAAGUAAGGCAAGCACGAUUGUAUAUUUCUUAUCGACUUGUUCACUAUUAGCGACUCUAAUGGUGUUAUGA